UGGUUAAUUUAAAUGGGGUUCAGGGGGAGAGAAAGAGAUUAAAUUAGUUUGAGGGGAAACAAAGAGCCGGAGCGGCGCAUAAAGGCGAAUGCUGGAGAAGAGUUCAACACACUUAAUCUCUUUCAGAGUGGGAACUUACAACACAGAGAGCAAAAUGCGUGGCUUGUUUUCCACCCUCAUCGUGGUGCUCAUGGCCUUAAUGAUCGUGACUACAGAGGCUGGGAAAAACAAGAAAGAGAAGAGUAAAGGUGGUAAGGGAGGUCCCGACUGUUCAGAGUGGCGCUAUGGCAGCUGCGUAGCCAAUAACGGGGACUGUGGACAAGGCUUGAGGGAGGGCACCUGUAACGAGCAGACCAAGAAAGUCAAAUGCAGAUUGCCCUGUAACUGGAAGAAAAGUUUUGGAGCUGACUGCAAGUAUAAGUUUGGUAACUGGGGUGAGUGUGAUGCUGCCACAAGCACAAAGAGCCGCUCUGGGACUCUGCAAAAGGCUCUGUUCAAUGUUGAAUGUCAGCAAACCAUCUCUGUCUCCAAACCCUGCACCACCAAGGUCAAAAGCAAACCCAAAGGAAAGAAAGGAAAGGGGAAAGGGAACUAAAGAGAGCGAGAGAUGCAGAGGAGCAUUGAACACCCAGCGAUCAUCUGUCAUCCAAACACUGCCUUUUUUAUCUCUACUUUGUGAAGAUUAAUAAUGAGCGUGACUCAACACAGCCAUACAUAGCCUGAAGUAAUUUUCGUACCAACUGAGUAAUUGACUCGUUACAUUACUCUUUCACUUGUGAGGGAGAAAGGAGAAUAAAAUGCUGUUUUUUAGAGUGUGUGAUGCCCUGUAGUUUACCCAUUUCACAAGCGCUGAGAGCGCUCUCUCUCUUUCUCUCUACCAUCAUCUGUGUAGCUUCAGGCCUCUCAUUUGUUAAAGGACAACACAAUCAGUAGAACUCAAUCAGACACAUCUAUUUUUAUAACCUUUUUACUUAAAAAAAAAUGUGGGUUUGUAAAAUUGUGUAAUUACAGGAUUAUAUUACUAGUUGGGUAUGUAAGUAGUAUUUGGAUAAGUCACCCUUCUCCUUUUGUAGCCUAAAAUUGAGGAUAAACAAGUUUUCUUUUCUUUUUCUUUACAAUGUUGUAGUUAAUGUAAGGAUUGUUUUUGUGAGAGAAAAAAAACCCAUGCAAAUUGUUUUUCAUUUUGACACUGAUUGUGUUACUUAUAGAUAUAAGGGGUGACAGAGGGUUAUAAUAUGGAACAAGUAUUAAUCUGAAUGGACGCCACAGAGACAAGUCCUCUCUUAUGCAACAAUAAACCAUUUGAAUAUGUAAGAACAUUUAGUAAGCAUUUGAGAAAUACAGUGAAGUUUUGUUACUGAA